AUGAAAGUGUCAACACUCGCCUUGACGGCAGUCACUACUGCCGGUGUUGCCCUCGCACAGCCACACAAGCACCAACAUGGUCAUUUACACGGAAUAAACAAGCGAACACAAACAGAAACUACCUGGGUAUCCGGUCCCACUGCUUACGCCUUCGUCCUGGAUGGAAAGACGCUGUCAGUGGAUGAGGUUUGCAGCGGUAUCGCAAACAACAAGUUGAAAUGGGCUGAUGAUGCCCCAGAGGGAAUCUGUUCUUCUACCAGCUCGCCUGCUGCGCCUUCUCCAUCGCCCUCUUCUUCCGCUCCAUCGUCUUCUGCGGCUCCAACGACUACAUCCGCUGGCGCCACGACUUCACCUGCGGCUAGCUCUGCUGCAGCUGCUUUUUACCAGAAAUCUUCUUCAUCAGACGCACCUUCCUCAUCCACAAGUUCUGCACCAGCCUCGACCGGCGCUUGGUCCUCUUGGAGUGGCAACAGUGGAGGUGGCGGCCUCGACAGCGAGUUCCCAGAUGGCCAAUUAGAUUGCUCGACUUUUCCUUCGCAAUAUGGCGCUAUUCCCCUCGAUUACCUUGGCUUAAGUGGAUGGUCAGGUCUACAGGCUGUGACCUUCGGCAAUAGCGCUAUUACACAUAUCGUGACUGGCAUUGCUGGCGAUUCCUGCAAAGAGGGAAUGAUGUGCUCCUACGCCUGUCCUCCAGGUUAUCAGAAGUCGCAGUGGCCUGCAACACAAGGCGCUACUGGUCAAUCUAUCGGAGGAAUCCAGUGCAAAGGUGGUAAGCUGCAUUUGACGAACCCAGGUCUAUCGAAGUCACUUUGCAUGCCUGGGCAAGGAGGUGUCAUGGCUAAGAACAGUGCUACUGGGACUGUCGCCAUCUGCCGAACCGACUACCCAGGUACUGAGUCAGAGACAAUCCCAGUCGAACUUCAGCCAGGUGCCAGCGAUCAGCUUACUAAUCCUAACGCUGCAUCUUACUACGUGUGGCAAGGAAAGUCGACCUCGGCACAAUACUACCUCAACCCGAUAGGCACUUCUGCACAGGAAGGCUGCCAGUGGGGCACACCAGGCUCUAACAAGGGCAACUAUGCUCCCAUCAAUUUCGGUGUUGGUUACAAGGAUGGCAAGACUUGGCUGUCAAUCUUCCAGAACAAACCAACAACCAGCACGCUUUAUCAAGGCACAGUUGAGAUUCAAGGUGACGUGUCAGCGAAGUGUAUCUACCAGAAUGGCCAAUACUGUGGUGCAAGUGGCUGCAACUCUGAUGGUUGCACUGUAUCCGUCAACUCUGGUACAGCCACAUUUGUUGUAUCAAACUAG